ACUUUAACCAGCCAGAGCAGAGGGGCGUGCACGAACAGAGCUGGUCUUUUCACACCAGCAGGGACACCGAGCACCCACCGAGAGAUUCACCAUGGCCUCAGCACUGAAUUGCACACCUUUUAUGUUGUUUUUUAUUUAUUUUUCGUUACUGUUUACUUCUGUAUUUUGCGACGCUGAUGCAGAAGAAGAUGAGCAUGCCAAGCAUACAUACACAGUGGAGAUGUUCAACGAGGCGGUGCCCACUGCACCCCACUUUGUCAUGUUUUACGCCCCAUGGUGCGGCCAUUGCCAAAGGUUACAGCCAGCAUGGAAUGAACUGGGGGACAAAUACAACAGCAUGGAGGACCCCCCUGUGUAUGUGGUGAAAGUAGACUGCGUCCCGGACACCAAGUUCUGCUCAAAUGUCCAUGGGGUCAGGGGCUACCCCACGCUGAAGUUGUUCAGGCCAGACCAGGAGGCAGUGAAGUACCAGGGGUCCAGAGAUCUAGAGUCUCUGGAGACCUGGAUGCUGAAGACACUCCAGGAGGAGCCUUCGGAACCAGAGAGUGAACCAGAGCCUCCUAAAAUCCCCGAGCCCAAACAGGGCUUGUACGACCUGACUGUUCUCAACUUCAAGGCACACAUAGCCAAAGGUGCCCAUUUUAUUAAGUUCUUUGCCCCAUGGUGCGGUCACUGCAAAGCCAUGGCCCCCACCUGGGAGCAGCUGGCCACCUCCUUCGAGCACUCUGAAGACGUCAAGAUAGGAAAGGUGGACUGCACUCAGCAGUACGAGGCGUGCUCUGACCACGGCGUGCGGGGAUAUCCCACACUGCUCUUCUUCUACAACGGACAGAAGGUAGAGCAGUUCAAAGGGAAAAGAGACCUGGACUCCUUCAAAGACUUCGUGGACAACCAACUGAAGGCUGUCGUCGCUCAGGAGCAAGAAAAGGAGCAAGGCAGUGAGGAAGAAAAAGCUAACGAGAUCCCCACUGAGGAGCCAGCCCAGGAGGAGGUGAAGUCCAGUGUGUUGGACCUCACAGAGAGCACCUUUGAAGAGUCAGUCGCCAAAGGACUCACCUUCAUUAAAUUCUACGCUCCAUGGUGUGGCCACUGCAAGAACCUCGUUCCAACAUGGGAGGAUCUUUCCAGGAAGGAGUUUCCCGGCCUCACUGACGUCAAGAUAGCCAAAGUGGACUGCACUAUUGAGCGCACAAUCUGCAACAAGUAUUCUGUUCAGGGUUACCCCUCUUUGAUCAUGUUCAAGGCGGGGGAGCAGGGAGAAGAGCAUAACGGUGGGCGGGACCUGGAGAGCCUGCACAGCUUCGUGAUGCGGCAGGCGAGAGACGAGCUGUAGGAACAGUGAAGACUCUCUCCACUCUCUCUCUCCUACAGUAGCCCAACCUCUCUCUAUCUUUCUCUCCACUCGGUUCUCUUCAGACAGGAGUCAGCCAACGACGGACCGCAGUCUGUUCUUUCUCCUGUGUUAAAGACAGAAUGAUUCAGUGGAGUGUUUGGGACGUGAAUGUAUGCCUCAUUGCUGUGACCCAACUUUAAUCUCCUCAUGUGGAGAGUACCAUCAUAUUUGCUGGGUUUGCAAAUGAAGUAUUUCGGACAACCACUUUGCAAGCACUGCUCCAUCAAUCAGAACCAAUAUUCACACAGAUCUUAAUGAAAUGGUUUCACAACAGGACAGAUGUCCAAGUAAUUGUUUCUGAUGAACCUCUAAAGCCAUUGGAGAUUUGCAAAUGUUAUAAAUGGGAUCUGUUGUAAAAUCACAAUUAUGGUACUGUCACCUAAAUGUGAAGUUAAGUGUUGAAUUGAGGGUUUUUAUUUUCAAGCCAGUGAUGGUCUAUCUGACUUAACUCUCAGGGAACCCCCCCCCCAUAGUCUAGGAGAAGUUGUGAUGGAGGCUUCAUUGUCAUCACAGGUCUGAUAAUGGAACAAAGCACACUAAACAUUUGAAGUGUGCAUCUUCCACAUUCUCUGACUGAUCUCAAUCAGCUUCCCUCUCUCCUCUCCUAGCCUUCAGGGUCUCAGGCCUGGACCACGUUGACCCAGGUUAUGUGAAGAGUAUCAGGCAUUUUUUAUUGUCUAACCCAGGUAUAAACAGUCAAACACAGCAGUUCUUUUGUCAGUAAAAGUUUUUAUGGAUAGCACAUGGUCUAAGGAACUCCAGUGACAGAAGUAUUUUUUUCCUUGCGAGUCAUGGGUGCACUACCCAUGGAUUUUGUACAAAAAGAGUGAAUAAUGGCAAGUUGUAACGAGAUUUCAUAAUAAAAAAGAUUCAAAAAUA